GCUUGUGGCCCCUUAACCACCAGCAACGCGUGUCGUCAUAAGCUUUAAGUGAGCCGUGUCCGCUGGCGAAGCGUCCAUGAGAACCUACGCCAAGACGAGCGCGUUAGCCUCUAAAUUGCCACAAGGCUCUUCGUUGUUUUUGCUACAGCAGAUGAACAUGGCUACUUCUCUGGAAAUGGAUGUCCUUCCGGUGCUCUUUAGCAUACACCUUGGACCGAUCAAUAAAGAACGUUAUACCAUGGAUGCAUAGUGUUGGGAAUUCAGACCAAAGAGUAUUGCUGUACUCGCUGAUUUAAAACCAGGAAGUAAAAACUACUUGAAAAUUGUAUGUGGUAUCUCUUCUGGUUUCCUGUAAACUUCUGAAAUCCUAUCCAGGAUGCAUUUAUUAUUAAUGUUUCUCUUUAAUGGAAUUGUUCAUUGCUCGAGUGUUAAUUCUGCUUAUGGAUCAGCACCCAGAUUACUCCUGGUGUCUUUUGAUGGCUUCAGGGCUGAUUAUCUGAAAAAAUACGAACUUCCACAUCUCCAGGAUUUUAUUAAGGGGGGUGUACUGGUGGAACAAGUUACCAACGCUUUCAUCACAAAAACGUUCCCAAAUCAUUACAGUAUGGUUACAGGACUCUAUGAAGAAAGCCAUGGUAUUGUAGCAAACGAAAUGUUUGAUGCUGCUACAAAAAAAAGUUUUUCACAGUUCAAUGACACAGAUCCUUUCUGGUGGAAUGAGGCAAUUCCUAUUUGGGUGACCAACCAAUUGCAGGAAAACAAGACAAGUGCUUCUGCAAUGUGGCCUGGCACCGAUGUAAAAAUUCACAAUACUACGCCUCAUUUUUUUAUGCGAUAUAAUUCUUCAGUAAGUUUCAUGGAACGAGUAGAGAACAUCAUUACAUGGCUGAACAAUUCUAAUCCACCAGUCACUUUUGCCACUCUUUAUUGGGAAGAGCCAGAUAAAAGCGGGCACAAAUAUGGGCCAGACGAUACUAAAAACAUGAGUAAAGUAUUGCGACAAGUGGAUAACCUUAUUGGCUUUCUGGUUCAGAAGCUUAAGGCUUCAAAAUUGUGGGAGGGAAUUAAUGUUAUAAUUACAAGCGAUCAUGGCAUGGCCCAGUGUUCCCAGGACAGGUUGAUCCCACUGGAUAAGUGCAUUGACCGGCACAGCUACAGGCUUGUAGACCGGAGUCCAGUUGCUGCGGUGCUGCCAAAUAAUGAAACAUAUGUAUACAAUUUAAUGAAAAACUGCAGCCCACAUAUGAAGGUUUAUCUUAAAGAAGAAAUCCCAGACCGAUACCAUUACCAUCACAAUAAGCGUAUUCAACCCAUAAUUUUGGUUGCAGAUGAAGGCUGGACAAUUGUACAAAAUGAGACUCUUCCAAAGUUAGGAGACCAUGGCUAUGAUGAUGCUCUUCCAAGUAUGCACCCGUUUUUGGCAGCUCAUGGACCUGCUUUUCGCAAAGGUCAUGUACAAAAGACAAUUUGUACUGUUGAUAUUUAUCCAAUGAUGUGUCACGUCCUAGGUUUGUCACCCGAACCUAAUAAUGGCACCUUGAGCAAUGCCAAGUGUUUGCUAGCAGAUCAGUGGUGCAUAAAUGCCCCAGAAGCCAUUGGAAUAGUUAUUGGUGUCUUUAUGGUGUUAACUACUCUGACGUGCCUUAUAAUAAUCAUGAAGAACAGAACACCUUCUCUGCGUCCAUUUUCACGACUUCAGCUUCAGGAAGAAGAUGAUGAUCCUUUAAUUGGAUAACACAUGUUGACUUUUGUCUUGAAAACUAGGCAUAUUUUAAACUUACAUUGGAUAACAUCUUAUGAUGCACUUUAAAAAAGAUCCACCCAGAAUACUGCAGAAAAACAUUUGUCUCUCUGAAAAAGAAAUGUUCAGUAGAAACUAGUUUCUAAUAGAAAAGACGUUACAUCAGUCAGUUAAUAAAGUAACAAGAUUAAAGAGAAUAAAUAUUUGUAAAUGGUGGUGCUUAUAUGCACUUCUUAACUCCCUGGAGAUACCUCGACACCUGGAAAUGGAUGGAAAUAAUUCUGUACAAUAAGGAAGUUCUUUAGCUGGUAUAUGCUGAUUGUAGAAAUCGUUAUUUAAUUUUUUGUACUGAAUACGUUGUUGAAACAGCCCUUCCCCAAACCUUACAAAGGUUUUUUUAAAAUUAGAGACUAGUCAAAGCAGGAUGCUGCAGUUCAAGUCCUUAGCACUGUGUAUAUUCUACCAGUCUCUGCAGAGUGAAAAUACAAUUUAACCUACCACAUUGGAAAAAUGUUAGAGUAAUGUCAAUAACAGUAGUAACAACCUCAAGCCAAAAAUAGCAUGUCAAACUGCUCGUCUAACUUCCCCCAAGAGCAGUACUUUUAAAAAGCUAUUGCAUGAGUGCUUUCUUCCAUAAUUAUAAGCUGCAGACUGAUUUAAACAUUACUUCUCAUUUGUGAAUGCAUUCAGAAAUAUCCAAAAUAAAUAAUCAGAUUAGUAGAAGUGCUAUGAUACUGCUCACAUUACUAGAAGCAAGGGUUAUUUUUAGUGGACUAGAAAGUAUGCUCUUGACAUCUGUAAAAAGAAAAAUGAUUUUAAAUCUUUUCCAUUAAUGUGUCAACCUUGACAUCCAGGUGUGUUUUUUUAUUAACGAUAUGUAUAGUAUGCUACACAUGCUUGAUAAUACCUCAGGGAGUCCUGCAGGUUUUGACCCCUGUAAUAUAGCCAUUUGGGUAUCAGGUGCAAUUAGGCAAAACUAAAAAGCACACACCAUGUGUAAUCUUUUAAAUUUAAUGUGCUUAUUAGUUAAUGAGCGCAGGGAAGCUCAGCAAAUGAAAUGAAGAAUACUUCACAAAACUAAAAAUAUUAGUUACCUGUUAUACCUUACUUUCUCUUCAUUUCUUUCCCUGCAGAAUAUAACAGCCAUGGUUUAGUUCAGCCUUCCCAACCUGGUGUUAGGACUACAGCUCCAAAAAUCCCAGUCAACAAGAGAGCACCAGGUUCAGGAAUGGCAGGCAGACCUAGCUCUUAGGGCUGUGCAAUACUCUUAGUAAAAAGUUCUGUCUUUCUUGGGGAUAGCUACUUAGACUAUAUAUACAAGGAUAUAUCUCAGGUGAUGAAGGGGAAAAGAAAUUCUAGCUAUGAGGUAUACUUUGAAUUGUUUGUUUGAAAAGGUAGUGCCUUUAACUGGAUAUUUAUAUGAUGGGG